AAUCUGAUCAUCGCCAUGAGAUGUGCAUUUCAUCAUCGCUCUUCCUUCUUUACCAAAUUAUUCUAAAAUCACAAUGCCUUAGAUCUUCCCUCUCCUUUGUUGUUGUAUGUAUAAAAUCCACACCAAAAAUCAAGUUUCAGUUGCUUCCACUGCCAUUGAUUUGAGUUUGAGAAAUUCCCAAAGCAUAAAAUGUUUCCAUCUUCGUCGUCUCCGAUUGUUUACGGUUUGACCCUUUUUCUCCCUCUCUUCCUUCUCUUCAUUUUCGCCCCUCAAAUCCUUCCUCUCAGAUACAACCGGCAACCCUCCCUUAUCUCACCCCAAGAUGAACUCGACGAUCUCCGCCUCUUCAACGAAGCUGUCUCUAAGGCCACCGCCACCUCUCGCGGCGGUUCUCCCAAGACUUCCCAUCUGGGUACCAUCAACCCCAAGCCCAAAAUCGCUUUCCUUUUCCUCACGAACUCCGAUCUCGUCUUUGCUCCUUUGUGGCAACGCUUCUUUGAAUCGCCAUCAAACGACGAUCUCUUCAAUGUCUACAUCCAUGUCGACCCUUCCACUAAGAUCUCAACCCCGGAGUGGUUUAUAAAAGCCAACUUCAUCCCGGCGAAAACCACCGCACGCGCCUCUCCGACGCUUAUAUCCGCGGCCCGGAGACUUCUAGCUAAUGCCAUCAUCGAUGAUCCGUUCAAUUUGUACUUCGCACUGGUAUCCCAACACUGUAUCCCACUCCAUUCCUUUAAGUUCAUUUACACUUCCCUUUUAGGAAACCCUUCAUCCGCAUCCAAAGCGUUUUUGACCCAACGUUCUCAUACAAGCUACAUCGAGAUUUUAUCUGAAGCCCGGUAUUUGUACAAGCGGUACGUUGCUCGAGGCUACGGCGUGAUGCUGCCGGAGGUACCGUUUGAGAAAUUCAGGGUCGGAUCUCAGUUCUUCGUGCUGGCCAAACGCCAUGCUCUGCUUGUUUUGAAAGACAAUAGAUUGUGGAGGAAAUUCAAGCUCCCUUGUUUGUAUUCAGAUUCCUGCUUCCCUGAAGAACAUUAUUUCCCUACAUUGUUAUCAAUGGUGGAUCCAAAAGGAAGCAGCCAUUACACAUUGAUGAGAGUUAAUUGGACCGACAGUGUCAAUGGUCAUCCACACACGUACCAUUCACCGGAGAUUUCCCCGGAACUUAUACACACGUUGAGGAAGUCAUCAACUUCGAGUUAUUCGUAUUUUUUUGCUCGGAAAUUCUCCCCGGAUUGCUUGAAACCGUUGAUGGAGAUGACCAAGGAUGUUGUUUUCAGAGAUUGAGCUGAAUUUGGUAAGUGAGAAACAAUGGCUGUGGUCUUCUUUUGUACAUAAAUUGUAUGUGUGUGUUUUUUUAUUUCUUAAAAAGGGAAUUAAACUGGGAAAUGUGGCAAAGAAUUAGAGAGGUAGUGGAGAGAAGCAAAGAGAGGUUUGAAGCAUUUAUGUUCAAUACUUUGCUUUCUUUGAUUUUGAGGUGUUGUGCAGUUGAAUGAAGAUCUCUCUGAUUUGCCCA